AUGGCGGCGUCUGAGUCGAGGAAAGACAGAUUUGGGAAUAAUGGAACAAUCAAGGUUAAUAGAACGGGUUCAGGGCUUGGCGCAGCCGGGUAUGGGAGAGCAGUGGAGAUUCUCGACACACUAGGCUGCCUGAUGACAACCUUGACUCCAGAUGGUGGUUUUACUUCUAGAGCGACCAAAGGGACCCAGAUAUCAAUUCUAGCUUUUGAGGUUGCUAACACAGUACUGAAAGGUGCGAGCGUUAUGCAAUCUCUCUCCGAAGACUCUGUUACAUACUUCAAACAAGUGGUGCUUCCUUCUGAAGGCGUGCAGAAUUUGAUUUCAAGUGACAUGGGCGAGUUGAUGCGGAUUGUAGCUAGCGACAAAAGGGAAGAGCUGAGAAUAUUUUCACAAGAGAUUGUCAGGUUUGGCAACCGGUGCAAAAAUGCGCAAUGGCAUAAUCUGGACCGCUAUUUUGUCAAACUAGAAUCCGAAAACGUUUCACAGAAGCAGCUGAAAGAAACAGCCACAGUAGAGAUGCAAAAGUUGAUGACUCUUGUUCAGCGUACAACUGAUUUGUAUCACGAGCUACAUGCCUUAGAUAGAUUUGAGCAAGAUUACCGUUGUCAACAGAAGGGAAAUGAAACUUCAAAUAAGGUUGAAAAAGGAGAAAAUGUUCAAGUUCUGAGACUGGAGUUGAAGACCCAAAGAGGUUACGUGAAGAGCUUGAAGAAAAGAUCUUUGUGGUCAAAGACAUUGGAGGAUGUUGUUGAGAAGCUUGUUGACAUUGUGCAGUAUUUACAUGCUGAGAUCAAUAUCUCAUUUGGAACUUCUGAUGUAGGUGAACUGAGUUCUGAAUCAACAGUGGACUCUCUAAGACUAGGACCUGCGGGACUUGCAUUGCACUAUGCAAACACUAUCAUACAGAUCUAUGGCAUUGUUUCUCGAUCAGGGUAUGUACCUGCAAAUUCAAGAGAUGCCCUCUACCAAGGGUUGCCACCAAGGGUCAGGUUGGCUCUACCAAAUAGAUUAAGAACUUCGUCAAUACCUCGGGAGCUCACUAUUGACCAAAUAAGGUCAAUGAUGGAGAAAACUCUGAAAUGGCUUGUUCCAAUGGCCAUCAAUACCACCUGUGCCCGAGGCUUCUUGAGGUUUAGUGAAUGGGCAAAAUCAGGGACUGAGCGUGUUGGAAGAGGACCAGGUCGACCGGACGUGAUCGAGACGCUCUACCAUGCUGACAAGACAAGGACGGAGGCUUACAUACUGGAGUUGGUCGUCUGGCUUCACCACCUUGUCAGCCAGAGUAACCGGCCAGCAAACGUUAAAUAGCAAUCCAUUUAACCGGCAGCAGGUCACUGGGUCCUGAAAAAGCUAUCACUACACAGAAGCCGUGGCCUGGCAAGAAAAACACGCAGCUCCUAUGAUCUGUUUGGUUUUCGUUGCUAGGCUGUAGAUGGGAACUGUGCUGUUCACCCAGUGAGGACCUGAAUCGAUUAAGUAGGAAAAGGAGAGCUUCUCCUUUGAUCUUUUGGUUUCUGUGAGGGUUCUUUUGUAAUAAUUUUUCAUAUAUAUGGUGUUGGCAUUGGUCCGUACGAAAGGUAAUAACGGCUAGAAAGAUAAUGGCGAAGAAAAACAUAAUCCUGUACCUAACAUGAGUAUGUAUGCAUGCAGAAGCUGCUAAAGAUUUGGUUGGUGUCAGUGUGUCA